UGUUUCUAAACACUCUCUGGUAUAUUGAUCCGCGUGAUUGUCUUCAGUACUGAGCCUGUGAAACAAGCGCCCAACCCUGCACGCGGAUAAAAGGCUCUACCAGAAUGAACAACUGAUCUCCCGUUGUUGUCAACCACUAGGGUUGUGAUCAGCGAUUGAAGGGUGUCAAGGGCAUCCAGAAUGGGCAACUGCCUGCCCAAAUUCGGCAAAAAGGAAGAAAAGCCCAAAUCCAAGCAUGAAGCAAAGGGUGGACCGGCCAACAGCAGGGAUCGCUUGACUCAAAAUGUCCUUGGAAAAGGCACCGAGGAUGUCACAAAUUUCUACACCCUCGGAAAGGUCCUUGGAAGGGGUCAGUUUGGCACGACGAGGCUCGCUACUGAAAAGAGCACUGGCAAAGACUUGGCCUGCAAGUCCAUUGCCAAACGUAAACUCUUGACACGAGAGGAUGUGGAUGAUGUGAGGAGGGAGGUGCAGAUCAUGCAUCACCUCAAGGGGAAUGACAACAUUGUCACGCUGAUCGGGGCUUACGAGGACAAACAGAGCAUUCACCUGGUCAUGGAGCUCUGCUCUGGAGGAGAGCUCUUUGACAGGAUUGUCGCCAGAGGACACUAUACGGAGAAGGAUGCAGCGAACUUGAUACGCACCAUUGUGAGCGUUGUGGCGCAUUGCCACUCGCUGGGAGUCAUCCACAGGGAUUUGAAGCCCGAGAACUUCCUGCUGUACACCAAGGAGGACAACUCGCCGCUGAAGGCCACUGACUUUGGCCUGUCAGUCUUCUACCGGCCUGGGCAGCUCUUCAACGAUGUUGUCGGCAGUGCCUACUAUGUGGCACCGGAGGUGCUCAAGCGCAAGUACAGCAAGGAGGCGGACAUCUGGAGCUGCGGAGUGAUGCUGUACAUCCUGUUGAGUGGCGUGCCGCCGUUCUGGGGCGAGACCGAGCAGCAGAUCUUUGACGCCGUCGCCAAGGGGUACAUCGAUUUCGCCACCGACCCCUGGCCCCACAUCUCCAGUGAGGCCAAGUCUGCCGUGCGUGCCAUGUUGCAGCAGGACCCGAAGAAGCGCGCGACUGCAGAGCAAAUUUUGGGCCAUAGCUGGAUGAAGGAGAACGGGACGGCAAGCGACAAGCCGCUGGACAACGUGAUCCUGCAGCGCAUGCGCGGAUUCCUCAACAUGAAUAAGCUCAAGAAGGAGGCCCUCAAGGUCAUCGCGGGUGGCAUGUCCCCAGAAGAGAUCGCCGGAUUGCGCUCCAUGUUCCAGGCGCUGGACACGGACAAGAGUGGGACGGUGACAAUGGAGGAGCUGAAGGAGGGGCUGAAGCAGCAGGGGAGCGCGGUGACUCAGAACGAGCUGCAGGCGCUCGUGGCGUCCAUGGACUUUGACGCCAACGGGAGCAUCGACUACGACGAAUUCCUCGCAGCCACCAUCAACAUGAGCCAGCUGCAGGCGCGUUCUGUCCUGUUGCAUCUUGAGGAGAACAUGUACCGCGCGUUCAAGCACUUUGACACUGACAAUUCUGGCACCAUCUCCAAAGAGGAGCUCACCGAGGCCCUCAAGAAGCUGCCGGGGAACCUGGACCAGAAUGUGGAGGAGGUGCUGAAGGACGUGGACAAGAACCAGGACGGAGACAUCGACUACGAGGAGUUCUGCGAGAUGAUGCGCAACAUGCAGUCCAGCCAAAUCAAGCGCACCGCUACCAACUACCGCAAAGGCGCCAUCCUGUGAAAACACAGGAGGAGCUUAAAGAAAUCCCUUAGGAUCCCCAAGAGGUCUCCUUGUCAGUUUUCCCCAACGUGGCUGCACUGUCUAGGAUAGGACCUUCCUGUGAAGGGAUAGUGGUGCUGUGAAGAAAAGAUUGUUAUUAACGGGACCAUAUUGUGCCUUUGUAAGUGUCGGGGCGAACGGGGUGUUCACGCCAUGUUAUCUAACUGGCUGCCUUGCCCUCAGGCACUGUCUCCUUUGCAGAGCUCCGAUGGAGCCAUGAGUGAUGUGUGCUGAUAGCAUGCAUGCCACAGCAGCUCAGCAAGAUGUGGCGGUUGGUUUCAUGUAGGAGUAAAUGCAGCCUUGUACCAGGCAGCACUGCAUUGCUUAUCAAACCAGUCUCCCCUGAGAGGCAAAGUGCACCCUAAGGUUCUCAGGGCCAUGUGGCACCAGAAACUGCUCAUGCGGGAUUGGAACUUUUUUGGGAGUGACUUUCGGAAAAACUUUCCAGUAGUUGCAAAGCUCCUCGUUGCCAUUCUUGUGUGUUUUCUACGGAAACCUCUUUGUGAGAUGCUUCAAGGAGGAGGUAUUCAGUACCAAGUAUGUCAUUUGUUUGUUUAGUCC